UAUUCAUGCAUGCAUACGCGUAUCAUGGUUCCACGUUGUCAUACGUAUGUAUACGUGAUUGAAGAACAUGGCUUCGAAAGAAAGUAACCUUUCCGCACUAUAUACGGAAUUAAAUAAAUUAGGACAGAAUGGAGAAUACGAGAGAGCUUUAAAAACUGCAAACAGAAUUUUAGGUAUCUCCCAAGAUGAAGAGGCGGCGUUUCACUGCAAGAUUAUUUGCUACAUUCAGUUGUCAAAAUUCAAUGAAGCGUUACAACUAAUUGUUAAAACUCCCAAAUUGGCAACAAAUUUAGAAUUUGAAAAAGGAUAUUGUCUAUAUCGUUUAAAUCAAGUUUCUGAAGCAUUAAAAGUGAUAGAAAAUGUACAAAAUCCUUCUUUGAAAAUUAAAGAACUAAAAGCUCAGAUAUUGUAUCGCUUGGAGAAAUAUGAAGAGUGUUUUGCAGUAUAUAGAGAUAUCAUCAAAAAUUCAAAUGACGAGUAUGAAGAGGAAAGAGAAACAAAUCUUGCGGCUGUCCUUGGCAACUUGGCAACUGAAGGUUCUGACUUAGAAGUUCCUUCCUUACGCGAACAUACUUAUGAAUUAAUGUAUAAUGCAGCAUGUCGUUUACUCACUCAAGGAAGCAGAGAUGAUAAAACCAUUCUAGUAGAAGCAGAAAAGAAGUUGCGAACGGCUGAGAAAAUGUGCAAGGAGGGAUUGGAGGAAGAUGGAGUAUCUGAAGAAGAGAUUGAAAAUGAAUUGGGUGUAAUUCGAGUACAACUUGGUUAUUGUCUACAAUUACAAGGUCGUGAAAAAGAAGCGCAAGCGUUGUACAGUGCUGCUUUAAAAGUCAAGCCAGAUGAUAUUGCAUUGGUCGCUGUGGCUAAUAAUAAUUUAGUAUGUCUGAAUAAGGAUCAAAAUGUUUUUGAUAGUAAAAAAAGAAUGAAAAGUGCCACUCAUGAAAGCCUAGAGCAUAAAUUAACUUCUAGACAAAGAAGAAAUAUCGCGUACAAUCAAUGUUUACUAGCGUUUUAUACCGACCAAGGAGAGCAAUGUCAUCAAUUGUGUAAUAAUCUUGCAAAAGAUUGCAUUACACUUGCAGCAGACGCAAUGUUCAUAAAAGCUGUACAACUUAGUAAAGAAGGUAAAUCAAAGGAAGCAGCAAAAUUAUUAAUCGAACACGCAAUUGGUGAAAAGGAAUUGCCUAUGAAAUUGGCCAGCGUACAGGUACUUCUAAGUCAGGAUGAAAGAAAGGAUGCUAUCGCUAUUCUUGAGAAUCUAAAUGAAAGGGAUAGAUCUCUACCCGGAAUAGUCAGUGCGCUUGUUACACUUCACUUGGCUGACAAUGAUCGAAACAAGGCAUCGGCCGUUUUAAAAAAUGCAGUCACUUAUUAUAAAAAGAACAAGGAAACCACUGAAAAUUUGGGAGAAUUGUGGCGGCAGGCUGCCAAUUUUUACUUACGCGGUGGCGAACUCAAGAUUGCUGCUGACAUCCUGCAAGAAUUAGUAGAUGCCUCGCCAUCCGAUACCAAAACUUUGGCUCAAUUAGUAGUUGCUUAUGUUCAGUUCUGUCCUACUAAGGCACAAGCAUUAUCUAAAAGAUUACCACCGCUUCACGAUCUUGCUGAAACUACCGAUGUUGAUGCAUUGGAAAGCAGCAAUUGGGUUAUCGGGACUAAAAUAGUAAAGAAAAAGAUUGAACCUUCCCCUGGCAAACCAAUGUCAGAUAUCAUUCAAAAAAAGCACAAGAAACGUAAACGUAGAGGCAAAUUACCAAAGAACUAUGAUCCGAAUGUUGCGCCAGAUCCAGAACGGUGGUUACCAAGACAUGAACGUAGUGGAUUCCGUAAGAAAAGGGAUAGAAGGAAUAGAGAUAUCGCUAUGAAAGGGACACAGGGAGCUGCUACAGGAGCUAGUGAUCUAUAUGAUAUUACUAAAAUGCCUGCAAACGCCAAACCUUCACCAAACCCUCGUCAUAGUUCCAUAGUGGAAACUUCUGGACCACGUCAGCAACAACGCAAAGUUCAACAGAAGAAGAAGAAGAAAGGUAGCAAGUGGUAACGUUUAUCUCGUCAUUUCAUUAAAUUCAUGGUUUUUUUAUAUGAAACAAAUUAGAGUGAAUAACCUAUUGAAAAGAAAUAUUUCUUACCGAAAAUUAUAAACUAAAAGAAUAAUCAAAUGAAUUUGCUACCAUGUAGCUGUAUUUUGUGAAAAACGCAAAAUGUAAUACUGCCAUUAAAAAUGAUAUUAUACACACGAUAUGUGUGUAUUAAGGAAAUAUGUUUUCGAUCUCUCCAUCUUUCACAUCAAUUAAUCGUCCGUAAACCUAUCAAUAGACCUAUGCAACGCAUUCAGAUUUAUCUAUUAAUUUUAUUGUAACAACAUAUAUUCUGUUAUAAACAUCUUUUUUUUGUAUUUUACAUUUGUUUGCAAAACUUGGAAAUAAACUUAUAUUGAUAGAGACAAGAAUAGAGACAAGUAUAGACAAUAUUAAAUUACGCUUUAGAAAAUAUUUUUAUUUCUCUUUUCUCAUAAAAGAUCCUUUUAUUUAACUCGUGAUAUAUUAACACCUAACACAUUUUUUGUGUACAUUGACUAGGGAUAGGCGAUACGCAUAUCUUUCGUAUUGAUAACAAUUGUAUAUAAAAAUACAUCUAUCUUCUUUAUAUUCAGCAACUCUGUAAUAUGAAUAGACAAUGUGAUUGUGCGUUGGUUUGUAACAUUUGUAUACGCAACAGACAUACAAGUGGCAUAAGUUGAAAUUGUAAAAUUGUUUUUUGUAAUAUGAUUUUAAUGCCACAUUUUCGUAUAAUAUUUCUACAUUGAUUAUGUUGUCCAACUAUAUAAAAUAAUUCUCUCUUGUAAAGAUAUAUUUUAAAAUAUAACGCUAUAUAACGAAUUGAUGUGCGACAAAAGAAUCUUGUUGUUGGUAAUAAUUCAACUUAUUGUCUUGCGAUCAAUCUAUAUACUAUGUAUUAUUGUUUGUUGCUGUGUGUAAACACAUAUUAAUGACAAUCAUCAAAAUAAUAUAAAAUAUUCUAAUUCUCA